AGAGCUGCUGCACUUCUGUGUUAGUUGACACUCACAAAUAAACCAAACAAAGAAGAAGGAAGAAGAACACAAACCCGAGAAAAGUCAAAAUGAGGAGAACAGUGUAUAAUGAACUCCGUCUGGCAGGACUGUUCUGCAACGCCAUCAUCGAAGUUGAGGAUGUUCAUUUUCGAAUCCACCGGGCCAUCCUCUAUGAUUGCAGUCCUUACUUUCAAGCUCUCUUUGAACGCUGGCCAACCAAAAACAAUGUUUUCCGCAUACCCAUUGUGUCUGCUGACAUGAUGCGGCUCAUCAUUGAGUUUGCAUACACCGGCUCCGUUGCUUUGAUAGAGGACAACGUGCAAGAGUUGAUGAUCAAAGCUGAUAUGCUCAACAUAAUGGGCAUCAUACAAGCAUGCGCCGACUUUAUCAGUGAGAAACUCUGCCCACAAAACUGCACUGGCAUCUGGCAGUUCACAAAUAUCUUCCGCAUGCCUGAGCUGCGGUGCAAGGCCUUCUGCUACAUCAUCAAGCACUUUGAGGAAGUCGCUCACUGCAAAGAGUUCCUGCAGCUCUCUGCGGAAGAGCUUACCAAAAUCAUUGGCAAAGAUGAGCUCAAUGUGAGGAUUGAAAGUUCUGUGUUUGAUGCAAUUCUGCGCUGGAUCGCCCACGUACCCAAGGAACGAGAGCAACACAUUGCUGUGCUUCUGUCUCAGGUGCGGCUGGGCCUGAUAGACAUGGACUACAUCGUGUCCAAUGUGAUCACUAAUAGGCUGGUGAAGAACGACCCUCAGUGCAAGACAAUAGUUAAAGAUUCCAAGUGUAUAGUAUGGCAUGCCACACACACACCCUUGAUGUGCGGUCUCAGUAACACUCUUGCCCGUCCUCGUGUGCCUCAUUCCAUCCUGUUGAUCACUGGAGGCUGGAAGAACAACACUAAACGUUGCGAUAUCGAGGUGUACAAUCCCCUCGCUGACCUCUGGAUCGGCGUCUCAGACAAGAUGGAGCAUCCUCGGGCCUAUCACGGCACAGCCUUCCUAGAUGGUCGUGUCUACUGUAUCGGUGGCUUUGACAGACUGAACUUUUUCAAUAGCGUGGACAGGUUGGACCUGGCAACACACACCUGGCAGGAGAUGGCGUCUAUGCACUACAGCCGUAGCUAUGUGAGUGUAACCGUGCUGAACGGGUUCAUCUAUGCCUUUGGAGGCUCUGACGGACAAGAACGACACAACACUGCAGAGCGCUACUGUCCUGAAACCAACCAGUGGACACUUAUUGCACCUAUGCACGAGCAGAGGAGUGACGCCAGCUGCACAGUACUGCAUGACAAGAUAUACAUUUGCGGUGGUUUCAGCGGGACCAUGUACCUGAACACGGCUGAAUAUUAUGAUCCAGAAACCAACCUGUGGACAAUGAUCAGCCCAAUGAGAUCCAGGCGAAGAGGACUCAGAGUUGCUGCAUUCAAUAACCAAAUUUAUGCAGUCGGUGGCUUUGAUGGCAACAACCAUCUUUCAGUGGUUGAGACCUACACCCCCCAGUCCAACACCUGGCACCUGCUGAGCCCCAUGUUGACCCGCCGCAGAAACUUUUGCCUGGAAGUGAUAGAAGACCAGUUCUAUGUUUUUGGAGGGUUCAACUCUUUAGACCGCACGAUAGGAAGCAGAGAAGUGUACUGUCCUAGUACUGACAGUUGGGAUGAGGUCUGUACUUCAAACAUGCCCCGCAGAGCCGCAGGCUCCUGUGUUGUGUCUGCAAUCCCCAACAUGGCUGAAUUAACGUUACCUCAACAGUCACUGCUGCGCUCAAAUUUGGGCCAUGAUACAAAUUUCAGCGACUAGCAGUUGGACACGCUCUUUCUUACUCUCUGUCUCUAUUAAAUACGAC